AUGGUGCUACAGAUGGUGCUGUGGCUGGAGAUGAAGGGAUAUGAUAGUUUAGUUAUUUUCUAUGUCAACCUGGCGACUGUGGACUAUGGAAGCCUGGCGACUAUAGACUAUGGCAGCCUGGCGACUGUGGACUAUGGCAGCCUGGCAACUGUGGACUAUGGCAGCCUGGCGACUGUGGACUAUGGCAGCCUGGCGACUGUGGACUAUGGCAGCCUGGCGACUGUGGACUAUGGCAACCUGGCGACUGUGGACUAUGGCAACCUGGCGACUGUGGACUAUGGCAGCCUGGCGACUGUGGACUAUGGCAGCCUGGCGACUGUGGACUAUGGCAGCCUGGCGACUGUGGACUAUGGCAGCCUGGCGACUGUGGACUAUGGCAGCCUGGCGACUGUGGACUAUGGCAGCCUGGCGACUGUGGACUAUGGCAGCCUGGCAACUGUGGACUAUGGCAACCUGGCGACUGUGGACUAUGGCAACCUGGCGACUGUGGACUAUGGAAGCCUGGCGACUGUGGACUAUGGCAGCCUGGCGACUGUGGACUAUGGCAGCCUGGCGACUGUGGACUAUGGCAGCCUGGCGACUAUAGACUAUGGCAGCCUGGCGACUGUGGACUAUGGCAGCCUGGCAACUGUGGACUAUGGCAGCCUGGCGACUGUGGACUAUGGCAGCCUGGCGACUGUGGACUAUGUCAGCCUGGCGACUGUGGACUAUGGCAGCCUGGCGACUGUAGACUAUGGCAGCCUGGCGACUGUGGACUAUGGCAGCCUGGCGACUGUGGACUAUGGCAGCCUGGCGACUGUGGACUAUGGCAGCCUGGCGACUGUGGACUAUGGCAACCUGGCGACUGUGGACUAUGGCAACCUGGCGACUGUGGACUAUGGCAGCCUGGCAACUGUGGACUAUGGUAGCCUGGCGACUGUGGACUAUGGCAGCCUGGCGACUGUGGACUAUGUCAGCCUGGCGACUGUGGACUAUGGCAGCCUGGCGACUAUAGACUAUGGCAGCCUGGCGACUGUGGACUAUGGCAGCCUGGCGACUAUAGACUAUGGCAGCAUGGCGACUGUAGACUAUGGCAGCCUGGCGACUGUGGACUAUGGCAGCCUGGCGACUAUAGACUAUGGCAGCCUGGCGACUGUAGAUUUUGGCAAUGGGCGCGGCAACCUGUAG